ACGAUGCUAUUUUGUAAACAGAAACUCUGAACCAGAACGUACCAGCUGAUGCGCUUUUAUGCUUUGUCAAAUCGUCUGGAGUGCAUGUUUGUAUUUCGGUGGAGUUAAUUUCGUUUCGUAAUUAUCAUUCUUUUUAUUUUCUAUCAUAUAUUGCGAUUUAAUUUUUUUUUUCGGUGUUUAAAUUUAAAUACGAUAAAUAAUGUUUCGUUAUAAAACAUGUUAUGUUUUUUGAUGUAUUUUCCUCAAUUGUGUAAUGAUGAUUACGAGUGAAGUGGUUGUAAUAAUGGUUCUACAAUAAACAAAUCUACAAGUUGUCGUGAAACAAUAGUUACCUAAAAUCACAAUAAUUAUUAUGGGGUAAUUCAAAAGAAGAAAAGACAUGCAAGGAAAUGAGUGACAUGAUUGCAUCAAUGGAUGGAGCGAAUAGUGAAGAAAUUUUUAGCGGAGGUAAAUUAGUCGAUAAGAUAACCUCUUUGGAAGAAGCUCAAAAAAUUAUCAAGCAAUUACAAAAUAAACUCAGAGCUCAAUCACAUCAGUUUUUAGCGUGGCACAGAAAAUUCAAAUCACAAGAAGACGUGAUCGCACAUAUCGUUCAAGACAGAAAUGAUCAGCUCAAGUCAUUAUCCUGUAAGCUGAUAUUAUUUGAAGCUAAAUUAUAUCGCAAACAAAAAGAAAUUGCCAACUUAUUGGUUCAACGAGAGAUAAUCAUUAAUAAGCAGCAACAUGUGAUUAAAACGCUACAAAAUCAAUUAAGUGAUGCGGGUUUGAAGUAUGAUGAAGAUACGAAUCUAGAUACCGCUAAUGACAGCGAUAGCGCAGUUAUUAUGGAAGACGACGAAAAUUUUGUGUACCACCAGCCUCAUACUGGAGACGGUAUAACAAUAGUUCGAAGCAUUUCCGAUGUAUUACAACAACCUAACAGCUGCAAACUAUUAACGUUGAGAAGAAGUAACGGUUAUUUAAGACGACCAGAAGUACUAGAAACAGUAUACAGCGUGGAAGAAGACGCGGACACGGAUGGAGCCUCCAGUCCAACAACACAGACCAGCGACGAAAAAGAUGAUAACGCGAAUGUAAGAAAACCGCAAACUAGAAUAUACUAUACUAAAGAUCGAGCGAAUAAAAUUCACGGUAGCGUUGAACGAUUAGACGACGAGAAAAAACCAGAACCUACUCAUCACGUUACCGCUUACAAUCGUGUAAUGAGUAAUCACAGAUCGGUUACAAAACCAAAAGAUGUCAAAUAUAAAAGAAUAAAUAAAGCUAAAUCAAAAUCUUUAGAAGAAUUGAGAGGUAGACUGAAAAAUUGGGUCGAAAAAAGUAACAGGUUUACGUUUUCAUUUGAACAAUCCUAGUAGAUCCGAUAUUUAGCUGUUUUCUAAGUUACUCGUAGCCCUAUUUAUACGCUCGUUGUUAGCAUUUCGAUGUGCAAGCUGCUUCGCUAAAAAAAAUUGAGAGUUCUACGUAAUGCAAAAAACGAUUCAAAAUAAAUUUUAUUAAAUCAUAACGAAGUAAUUUUUAAAAUGAAGAUGAACAUGUGACGUAGAAAAUGUUAUCUUUAUGGUAACUUUUGAACACAUUUUAUUUUCAUGGAUAUUCGCUGUUAUACCUAUGUUUCUGCAAUUUUUCCCUCUUCUUUUUACAUUGAUUUCGUAAAAUCUUGCAUACUGUUGUUUUUUUUCCUCUCCUUUAUUUAAUUUUUGUACAUAUUUCGUAUGUCUUUUCUUGAUCUCAUUUUCAUGUCAACUAUUGAGUAAGUAUUUAUAUGUAUUAUACUUAAGAAUCAGACGCUUGUUCAUGUUUUUCGUUCCUCAAUAAAAAUCAUUUAUUAUGUUGGUAAUUUACUUCUUUAAAAGUUUUUCAGUUUUUGCAAGCAUUCUACAGCAGCGGACAACGUCUCA